AUGCUUGUCGCCGUUAUUUUAUUUCUGGAAAACUCUCUCAACCUCACUAAAAAUGCCGAGCAUUUCGAUAAUGAGGAAACAAAAAUUGUUGUAUUUGUGGCUUGGAUAGUUGUUCUCCUCUGGCUUCUCACCAUUCUCAUUUCGCUUAUCGCGUUAUUCACCAACUCCUACAACCUACUGCUUCCACAUCUUUUCUGGACGAGUUUUCUAUGCGCAGUUACUACAGUCUGUUCGCUAACGCUCUUCUUCUCCAACACAAGACCGUGGACGAUGUUUCUGUCAAGCGGGAUUGCCGUUUUGCUAGGCACAUCCGUAGUCGUCGAAACCAAAUGUUUUCUAGCAAUGCGGCAAUGUUUGCGAUGA